UAGACGUCUAUGGGAGCAGAGGAGUCGCCCCCUGCUGGUCACCGCAGAGAAUGCAGCUUUAAAACGUGCAUCUGGAGAUCAUACAGCAGAUAGAAAGGAAAACCACGGCCUUACCGUAUGCAUGUUGAGUUAUUUAAAGAGUGUGCACACAGCAGGUGCACGGGGAAAGUUUGCGCCCUCGUUCCGAACAACCUUCAGCUAAUGAGGACACGAGGACAGACCCGACAUGACAAGACGUCUCGGGGCACAGGACAGAUGCGUUUUGCUGCAUAAUCAUAGAGUGCCGGCUUCACACUUGAGACGGAUACUUUGUCCUAGUUUACGGUAUGUGGAGCAUUUUACUGCACACUGAAAAAGUGUUUCCGUUUGCAUGUUCAGAUGUCAAAAACCUGCAUGAAUACAAGAAAAUACAGUAAAAGAUCAUCAGCCCACAAACAAACUGCAAAAGACUGUGUUUUCUCAAUCAAAGUUACUAAGAACUUCUAUUUUGUGUCCCUGUGGACUGAAGUGUCUCCUGCCAGGGUCCCUUUAGAAAACCCCUCUUUCUACUGCAGAAGGCUCUCACAGUCCCUCCGGUCUGGUUCUCCCGGGCCUCCCUGGGUCCAGCACUACGUCCUGGGUCCCCAGAGAGGAGAAGCCUGGUUCUCUGCUGGUGUUUCAGCGUUUCGUUUUCCACACUUGGAGGAGACAGUUUUUUUGACACAUCCACCUCUGCGGGCUCUUUUUCAAACUUCAAAAGGCAAACUGAUGGAGUAUUCCUCCGUCUCCUGGCUGGCCCGUCCCAUCAGGUCCUCACGUCUCAGGAGAUCCGCUGUUCUGUACUUCGGUUUGAAGCACAUUUUAUCACGCGAGAAUCUUUUUUUCUUACUGCACAGCUUUGAUUUCACUGCGACGCAGCAGCUUCGGACCAGCAGGCUUAAAAUAGCAGCUCCUCCGAGGCCGCCGAGGUGAACGACCCAUUUUCUGUUACAGCGAAGCCCGCUGUGAAGGCCGAAGAACCCAGCUGAGACCACAGGGAGCGGAGUGAGAUCAAUACGCCUUCAGCAGGCGAAAACCUUUAUGAGAUAGCAGAGAUGGACAUUUCGAUUUUUUGACUGCUGGGGGGUUUCGUGCUAAUACGCCACACCACCGCGUCGCCCCCUAUUGGUCAUUAAAUCCUCGAUAAUGUUUUUCGCUCGGACCGGAGAAAAGGUUGAAUGCAUUUCGGGCGGCGGCAGCAGUACGAAAAGGUGUUGAGGGCCAAAGGAGGGAAGUUAUUAUUGGUUGAUUGAUUAUGCGGUGACAUAUUUCUGUGUUUGUCGGAGCCUAAUAACUGUUUGGUUUUGUCAGAUUACAAAGUGGAGACCAGUCAGUGGACGUCUGCUCGUGCAGAGUAAUUAAAACCUUGAGUGGCUUCCUUGUAGAGAUCUUCUGAUACCUUGUUUUACUUCUGGAUAAUGAAAAAAAACAAAGACUUUCUCUGUGUCAACGUCACAUGUCGUUAAAGCAGCAACUUCACUUCACGACUCGGGAAGCGAAGGAAGAAAGAUGUGAUGCUCAAAGCCGUAAUGCUUCUACUAAGAGCCAUCUAAUCCUGAGUAGCAGGAUCACUCUCCUCCCACGUCUGUCCGUUAGGAAUACCAGAUCGACAUCAUCUUCGCCCAGACGUGGACGGACAGCCGCCUCAGCUACAACGGCACCAUGAAGCGAUUGACUCUGAACAGUAACAUGGUCGGACUCAUCUGGCUGCCCGACACCAUCUUCAGAAACUCCAAGAACGCAGAUUCCCACUGGAUCACGACGCCGAACCAGCUGCUCCGGAUAUGGAACGACGGGAAGAUACUCUACACUUUGAGACUCACAAUAAACGCAGAAUGCCAGCUUCAGCUGCACAACUUUCCGAUGGACGAACACUCCUGUCCGCUCAUCUUCUCCAGCUAUGGAUACCCACGAGAUGAGCUGAUUUACAAGUGGCGGAAGAACUCGGUGGAGGCGGCUGACCAGAAGUCCUGGCGUCUCUACCAGUUUGAUUUCAUGGGACUGAGAAACACCACGGACAUAAUAAAGACUACGGCAGGCGAGUACGUGUUGAUGACGGUGUACUUUGACCUGAGCCGAAGGAUGGGCUACUUCACCAUCCAGACCUACAUCCCCUGCAUCCUCACCGUGGUCCUCUCCUGGGUGUCCUUCUGGAUCAAGAAAGACGCCACGCCAGCCAGAACGGCUUUAGGCAUAACCACCGUCCUGACCAUGACGACCCUCAGCAGCGUGGCCAGGACGUCCCUGCCCAGAGUGUCCUACAUCACCGCCAUGGACCUCUUCGUCACCGUCUGCUUCCUGUUCGUCUUCGCGGCUCUGAUGGAGUACGCCGCGUUGAACUACUACUCAAGCGGCGCCCGCGGACCCAGAUGCAGGGAGCCCAAGCGACCCAACUACUCGGCCCUGGACGCGAGGCCGCCGCACGCCGUCAUCGCCCUGAACAACUCGCUGUACUGGCAGGACUUUGAGGACGCGUGCGUGUACGAUUGUCUGGACGGGAAGGACUGCCGGAGCUUCUUCUGCUGCUUCGAGGAGUGCAGAGGAGGAGGCUGGAGGAAAGGACGGGUCCACCUGGACCUGUUGGAUCUGGACGCGUACUCGCGCGUCUUCUUCCCCACCUCCUUCCUGCUGUUCAACAUCGUGUACUGGGUGGGAUACCUCUACCUUUAACCCGCCACGCCGGGACGGUGCGACGGGAGGAAUCGAUUCGGAGAUUAAAAAACGGUAACACCCAAUAAAACUCUGAAGCCGUCACCGCCCGGAUGCGAUGGGGUUUUCUGCCCCGGAGACGCCUUCAAUGUUCCACAAUGCCGAUUCCCUUCGGCGCGCGAAUGGCGGCGUUACGGCAGAGGAGGAGGAGGAGGGAACGGGCUCCGCUACCCCAACGGCGGGGCGCGCCAGCGGACCGUUAUCCAGCAAUCAGUCAAACCCAGUCGAUGAAAAAGCCAAGGACGUUCCAACACUCCCAGUGCCUUCCUCUGGAGGGGUAGAUGCUGUCUGCUGCAACUAUCAGGGAAGAGUCAUUUAUUAAUACAAGGCCUGGCUUUGACUGAUUAUGGCUGCUCUCGUUGGAGCUCUGAGGCUUUAAUUUGUCCCCUUUUCUCGUGUAUUUAACGUGUUCAUUGGCGCAGAUCUAGCGGCCCGAGUGUCUCGCCGAUAGUUUCAACAACACCUUUUUUAAAUACCUUUCCUUCACAGGAAGAGUUUUGGGAUGUUUUAAGACAUGUCUUCACACUAAAUAUGUUGCUCUGUGGACUGCUGUCCUCGGGUUGGACAUUAUUCAACGUUAUUAUUAUUAUUAUACGUUAUUGUAUACAUGUCUGUAUUUGUUGUACAAAUAACAGCUCUUUGUUUAGACGUAUGUGGACACAAACCUCGUGUCCGGCUGCACUGUCACCGAUUAGAUGAAGUGAAUAGACGGAUAGAUUCUUCUCACGACGACCUCCGGGUUCCCACAGUCAAUAUAACGGAUAACGUUUGCACAUGACGGCAGGCACACGUAUGUUAUUCGGCAUCACUUAUCUCCCCGUCUGACUCUUGUUUGCAUGCAAUAGACUUUCGACCGCUGAAGAAGUUGUUAAACGAUCCGGGUUACGAUUAUAGUUCGAGUAUGGAUAUCUUCUAAUCAUGUUGCGUUUCAUUUUGGCGUUUAGUGUAGCCGCGCCCACGAGAGCGUCCUUACCUCCGGUAGUGAGACUUCACUCAUUCCGCCUGGCAGUUCACUGAACUGGGACUCUUUAUGUCCCUUUUUGAACUGUGUUUUUUUCAAUAUAGUUGCUGUAUAUGCGCUGGAUAUUUCACGUAUGUGCCACGUGUCAUCUGUGUUUUCAGGCGAGUUCAAACUGCCCAGUAAUGGUGACACGAGUGCGUGUUUUGAUACUGAGCCUUAAAUGUGUACUUCACCCACAGGAGGCGCAGAGUAAAGUGUGGAUUAAUGUCCCAUGAUGCUCGCUGCUUUUGGUCCCUGUCGAUCAUUCUGUGUGGUAAUAAACGGCUCCGGCGUUGUGUGUGAGGGACCGACUGACGCCGAGUCGUGGUUCAUGUGUUCAUCGCGCCAAGCACUUCAUUUCUUUACGCUUUUUUUUUUUUUUUAGUUAAUCAUAUUUAAUCAUAAACUCUGACCUGCCACACGAGGAACUUUUGUUUCGCCACAAUGUGAUUUAAUACAA